AUGCUUCUCAAGAGUGCUGCCUUGCGCUUGAGUGAGUUAGCUAGACUUUCGGGCGUCAGUAAUGUGGCUAGAUUCUCCAAUGUCACAUCGGAUUUGCCAUUUCAUAAAAUGGUUGAAGUUUUCUACAACAAUGCUGCCAAACACGUGGAGGAAAAGAUGAUCAAGGAGCUUCCUUGGAAGGGAGCAUCUGAGGCGAAGAAAAAAUAUGUCAAGGGAGUUCUUGACAAUAUCAGAGCUGUUGACAACAUUACAGAGUUUCACUUUCCUAUCAAGAGAGAUGAUGGCUCUUUCGAAGUUAUUAGUGCCUGGCGCGCCCAACAUAGUCAUCAUCGGUUGCCCUGUAAGGGUGGUGUUCGAUAUGCUGCAGACGUAAACAUGGGAGAGAUUCUUGCUCUUGCUUCUUUGAUGACCUUCAAGUGUGCUGUUCUUAACGUCCCCUACGGUGGUGCCAAGGGAGGUGUCAGAAUUGACCCGAAGGCCUAUUCCAUUGAUGAGCUUGAGCGUAUCACUCGCCGCUACACUAUGGAACUUGCGAAAAAGGGCUACAUUGGUGCAUUUUCUGACGUGCCGGCUCCUGACAUGGGUACUGGUGAACGUGAGAUGGCAUGGAUGGUUGAUACCUACACGCAAACCGUGGGUUACCAGGACAUAAAUGCCAAGGGUUGUGUGACUGGCAAGCCUAUAAACCAGGGUGGUAUCCAUGGUCGCACCGCUGCUACUGGUCUUGGACUCUUUUACGUACUGGAAAACUUCCUCAACAACGAAGAGUGGGCCGUUAAAUGUGGUCUCACGAGUGGCAUAAAAGAUAAGACGUUCAUCGUCCAGGGCUACGGAAAUGUUGGUCAAUAUACGUCCCAAUUUAUGCACAAGGCUGGGGCCAAGUUGAUUGGUGUAUUGGAGCUUGAUGGAAGCAUCUACAAUCCAAACGGGAUUGAUGUUCCAUCCCUCGAUGCCUACAAAGCGAGUCAUGGUGGCAUAUCCGGAUUCCCUGGGGCUCAAGCCUAUGCGAAGGGUAGUCUUCUCUCGGAGAAGUGCGACAUUCUCGUCCCCGCAGCAAAUGAGCGUCAAAUCAAUGUGGAGAACGCCAGCAACAUCCAAGCCAAACUGAUUAUUGAAGGCGCCAACGGUCCAAUCACGCCUCCGGCGGACAAGAUUUUGCAGAAGAAGAACGUUCUCGUUGUUCCUGACCUCUUAGCUAAUGCUGGUGGUGUCAGUGUCUCCUACUUUGAAUGGCUGAAGAAUCUGAACCACGUCAGCUUUGGCAAGCUAUACUUUAAGUACGAGAAGGACAACCAUCAUCAUAUUCUCAAUAGUGUUGGGCAAUCACUUGAAAAUGCUUUUGGAAAAAAGAUUUCUAUCGAACCCACAGAGGAGUUUAAGGAGCGCUAUGCACAUAUUUCGGAGGAAGAUGUCGUUCGGUCAGGUCUGCACUACAGUAUGGAACGUGCAUCAAACGUCAUCAUGGACACCUGUAAAUGCUACAACCUUGGUUUAGAUCUUCGUACGGCAGCUUAUAUCAGCGCAAUCGAGAAGAUCUUUUAUACCUACCAUGGAUCGGGAAUGACCUUCAUAUAG